AUGAAGCUAGCACAAACGCCGCCAUCUUUCCAGCACGUUCAGUACGUCUCAUGUCAGAGGGCAAGGGGCGGGAACUGCAACUUCGAGUUAACGCUUAACACAGGAAACUGUAGGAACGAAGGUUCAGUGUUGCCAGAUCAGGUUUUCCCACCUGAUCUAGAGGUUUCACGUUUCUGCUCAGGGCAAUCUGGAGCUAAAAACCUUGGAGUCACCCUGGACCCCUGCCUCUCUUAUUCCCAGCACAUCUCCACUCUGGCACGCACUUGCAGAUUCUUCCUGAGCAACAUCCGAAGAAUCCGACCCUUCCUCACCAACUAUGCUACCCAGCUCCUGGUCCAGGCCCUGGUACUCUCCCGCCUAGACUACUGCAACUCCCUCCUGGCUGGCCUCCCUGCGUCCGCCACCCGUCCGCUCCAGCUCAUCCAGAACUCUGCUGCUCGCCUGGUGUUCUCUCUACCUCGCUUCGCCCACGCUACUCCACUACUCCGCUCGCUCCACUGGCUCCCGAUCACCGCUCGCAUCCAGUUCAAGACUCUUGUACUAGCCUACAGAUGCCUUGAUCAGACUGCACCCAGCUACCUCCAGACCCUCAUCUCUCCCUACACCCCCACUCGACCUCUCCGCUCCGCCUGCACUAGAAGACUGGCUCUACCUCCGCUACGCUCCCCUGCCUCCCGAGCCCGCUCCUUCUCCACCCUUGCUCCGCAGUGGUGGAACGACCUUCCUACAGAUGUCAGGACUGCCCAGUCCCUGACCACAUUCCGGCGCCUCCUUAAGACUCACCUCUUCAAACAGCACCUGUAGAACUCCUCUGUUGUAUCCUGGGACACUAUCACCCUUCAUUUAAAUAUGCUUUAUUUUGCUCUUAUCUGCCCCCUAUUUUACUGCAUUUAAUCCUGUACCUCAGAAUAUUGUAAUCUCCCAAGUGUUUAAUCUGUAGUAUUUUGUACUUAAUCAUAUCCUGAUGUAACUUUCACUAUUAUCUGCUGUAUUAUUGAAUUGUGGUUUGUCACACUUGAGAAUUAUUGUAUUUCUUGUUCUUAUUGUAUGACUUAUAUUGUAACACUUGAAUGUAUUUGUAUUUGCUUGCGAUUGUAAGUCGCCCUGGAUAAGGGCGUCUGCUAAGAAAUAAAUAAUAAUAAUAAUAAUAAUAAUAUAGCAUUUACCACUCCUCAUAUAAGGGAUACAGAGUUUACUCACUUUUACUCUCCUGUGAUAUGCAAGUCCUGGGUUAAAGACAAGAUAUUUUAACAGUGAGCAUCUGUGUUGCGUUGCUGGGCACGAGACUGACAGCUGAGAGCUCUCGGUUAGAACUGUGGCAUGAGCAGGGGGGGCGUGGCCACUGGACUGUGUGUUCUGUGUGUGUGGUUGAGUAUGAUUGGUUGUUUAUGUUCUGUUAAUGUUAUGUCAUUAGGCAUACCGGUCCUGCAGGGCGGUGCUACUAGCCUUCAUCCUAGCCCGCGAAAGGACGCUCACAGAACUGUUCAGUGAAGCACACCAUCGGGUCUGUGACUGUUCAUGUGAACAGCACCUGAAAGGGUAAAGGACUGUAUGGGUGGAUCUGGUUGGCUGAAGGCCAAUAACAAUGUAUGUGUUCAUGUUUAUCUGUUCAAUCUAUCUGUUCAACUCUACCAAACAGGGCAGGUUACCCACUUUUUUUAUUUACCACUACACCACUGACUGUGACAUCAUGCCUGUUGGCAGCUGUAACCUGUGAUUUUUAUAGAAUUUCUCCAGACGUUCGAUUUACUGUGACUGCCCAGUAUAAGAUCACUUCAUGUGCGCACGUAUUAGGGCCGCUAGGCACACAUAUAUUAUACAUAGAAUUUAUACAUAGAGUGUUUAAGUUUUGUGCCAGUCAGUGAAUAUGUAUUCUGGAAAAUGAAUAAUGUUGCCAUGGUGUGCCAAUAUAAUAUUACUGGAGGUUUAAGAAUUAUACAAGUACAGUGCAUUCUAAAGCACAUGAAUCACAUGUCCUAUGAAAAUGCACAUGCAGUAGAUUCUUCUGAAAUGCAUAUCCCAUGUGACUAACAGUUUUAUGCAUUUAACCAGAAUAAGGAACAUACAUUUUCAAAAGAAAUGUACUUCACAGUUGUAUGCAAUUAUAUGGUAUACAAUUAAGUGUAUUACACUGUAUAUGUUACUGAUAAUUGCAAAUGCUGAUUAACUGCAUACAACUGUUAGGCACCUGAGCUAUGCAAUUAACAAGAAUCUACUGUAAUAGGACUUAACAUGAUGUGCUUCUGGAAUUAUUUUAAAGUUGGAUUUCAGUGUCUCUUAAUAAAUUCAGUAUGUAUUGAACAUUUCACCAGCCUAAUUCUUUGUGUUUACAAGUAGAAAAACAGGAACCUGAGCCCUUGAGCGGUAUUAGGGGCAGCUCUAAAGGUUUUCUUGCAUUCAUCUAGAGGUUGUUUUGAGGAGGAUCUGGCAACACUGCUAAGGUUGGAUUAUUGAAUAAAAACAGAGACACAAAAGCUAAUGUAGCUCAUGUAUUUAUGUGUAAACAGGCUCUCCAUCAAAUUACUAUUUCUAUCAUGCAAUUGGCUUCACUGAUAAGCUGAAUCUCUGUCUAGUCUCAAGACAGCAGAUCUGACUGACUGGAGCCACGAUAAGACCGUGCUUAGCAGCAGUGCUUCACAAAUUUACUGAUGGUUUACAAGGAACAUCAAGAGGAUCUCAUAUAUACUGUUUUGUAAAGAGCUCUUCACUGCAGAUUUUGAGGGAUUUUUUUACUUGUACAUGUUUAUGUUUGUGCCUGGUACACUUUUAAAAGUGACCAUGCACACAAACCCACAGAAACCGUAAUGGAAUUCACAUGUGCAUGGCUUUAUGACCGUGCCUGUGUUGUUACUGUGAUAUGCUGAAAUAAAGUUGCUGA